AUGUCACACGCAGUCUCAAACUCUAUACCUGUUGUUGGUGCGACUGCUGCUGGUGUAGGAGUUACCAACAACAACAAUAACAACAGCAACAAUAAUAACAACAAUAUCUCGAGCACAGUAGCAGCAGGUGUCAACAACAAUGGCAACAACAACAAUAAUAGUAGUACACCAAACUCAUCAUCAUCUUCAUCAUCAGAUGUAAUGAAUCCUAUAAAGACAUUUGAACAUUUGUUGAGGAAGUCACAGUCAUUGUUUGUUGGUCUUCGCGAUCUUCCACAGUUUGGUAGACAGUGGCAGCCAUUCUUUCAAAAGACCUUUGAGCUCUAUACAAAGUUGUGGAAACAUCAACAACAAUAUCGAUCAUUGUUGGAGACAGACAAAUAUGGACUUAAAAGAUGUGAGAUAGGAGAGAUAGCAUCAAAGAUUGGUCAACUCUAUUAUCACUAUUAUCUAAGAACAAGUGACACAAGCUAUCUACAUGAAUCCUACAUAUUCUACGAAGCCAUUAGGUUGAGAUCAUACUUUAAGGACGUGUCUGUUGAUGCCAAGAUGUCGGACAUGAUGGUCAAGCAACUGCGAUACUAUGCCAGAUUCAUCGUGGUGUGCUUGUUGCUCAACAAGAAGAAGGUGGUGUACGAUCUUGUCGAAGAGCUGUUUAAGCACAUCAAGGACUACACCAAGACACACAAGCCAAACGAUGCCCACGAGUGGUCUCUGGUGAUCCAGGAGAUCUUCACAUUUUUGCAGGCCGACCAAUGUGUAUCAUUCUCUGACAGCAAUGGCCCUAUGCAGGUGUCGCAUCGUCUCAACCCACAUCAGGGCACUCUGCCCUCGCCCUGUGAGCCAUCCUCCAUCCUCCAACAGGCCAUCCUCGUUGGUAACCAUCACAACCAGAUCAAGUUCAGUGAGAUCACUCUCGACAUGUUUAGAAUGACUCAAUCACUCGAGUAUGACACUCCAGAGCUUAAGGACCCAUCCGACAAGCAGGAUAGCAAGUCUGGUGACAACUCUUCAUCAUCAUCAUCUGGCGCAUCAUCGUCAUCCUCGUCACUGUUGAUCUCGCCAAGCUCAAGCAAGAAGAAGAACCCUCACAAGUAUCUACUGUACAGGCCAACCAUAUCACAGCUGUUGCUCUUCCUUUCAAACACGAUCAAGGAGUUGGGUGACAACAAGGCCCUGCUGCUCUAUCUCUCUGUCGAUGGUAUCAAGAAUGGAACCAACAACACCACAUCCACCACAACCACAACAACGACAACUGAUCGCUUCAAUGGAGGCUACUCUGGUGGACUAUUGAUGAAUGGUGGAGGACAGAAGCCACAACCACAAGCACCACAACCACAGACUCAACAACAACAACAACAGAAUGGAAACAACAACAACAACAACAACAACAACAGUAGCACGAUCAAUGACAAUGUAAAGUCUGAUGCGCUAUAUCCAUUCGAUCUCUUGCCAUACUGCAGGAAGCCAUUCUUCUUGAUUAUCGAUUCCAAAAGCAGUCAGAUUUUCAAAGACUUCCAGCCACCAUUCGAUCAACCGUUCGUCUCGUUGCUGUCUCCUCUGUCAACCCCGAAGAAAAUUGUGAGCAAUGGUAAGAGGACAGCACCAUUUGGCAAUCUGUUCACGUUCUUCCUACAUGAUCCACUGUGCGCCUUUUGUGAUACGACCGCCUGUAACAAGAUAUCCUCUAAAUCACUGUCCAACUACCAGUCCAUCGUACAGAGUGCGAUGAACGCCAUAACCAAGACACUGUUUGACAACGUGACAUCAUUGCCACCCUCCUUUGCCUUCUUCCUGAACGACGACUUCUUGCGUUCGUUCAUCGUACGUUUCAUAUUCUGCCAUGCCGUCUUCCAUCUUCACAAGGACUUCCAAGAGAAUAUAUACCAAGUUUCGAGUAGCCCAGCGAUACCUCAAUCGAUACUUACACAUAGGACUGUGUUGAACACGGUCAAUCAGCUGGCGGUGGCACUGAAUGUCACAGAUCAAUUCAAUGACUUGCCAACAGAUGAGCUCCAAAGCUUGUCCAUUGAGCAAUAA